UUCACUGUUAACACUAACAAUAUAGUGCAGUCUCCCACAACGUAAUAAAAUCAAUUUUUAAAUAUCUGACCAAUUAGCAGUCAUUUAUAGACUAAACUAAAUUUUGUCGAGGCAAAUGAAAUUUCGAACAUCACUUUGACCACUGACAGACAUAUCGAUUGCAUUUCAAAUGACUAAUUCAUUUUGAAUGUGAAAAUUCAGAUACGUGAGUAGAAAUCAUUGUUGACCAAUUGAAAGGCAUUUAUGGAAGUAAUUUGAAAGUGGGCAGAAGUGAACACCACUUACGAUGACCUUGUAAAUAUUUCGUAUUUAUAACGAAUUUUCGCAAAGUUUUGUCAGUCUACCACCUUAUAGGAAUUGAAAGCAUGUCUCCUGUCUUGUUGUUAUACACUAUACUCACAAUCACAACAGCCAUUAAUGCUAUCAGUGAGAAUUCUGUAAACAAUCUCCAAGACCACGAGAAAGGAUCACCUGAAGAUUGGAAUGAAAUGUUGCCACGCCAGUAUCCGAUUCCGAUUGAAAAUGAACCAAAUACACUAGAAACUGUUGCUGACAACGCAAUGAACAAUGCGCCUUACGCAUAUGAGACACCAGAAAGUGAUGAGUUGACAGAAAACUUGAACAAACCAAUGAAUCAGAAGACAAAAGAACAGAAUUUACAGAAAGCACCGAAUAGUAUGGCUGAAGUGGAUAGAGGAGAUAAAUUGAAAGAGCCUUGGGAAGAUGAUGACAGUAUUAACGAAGAUAUAUCUCGUCAGUUGGACACGGUUGAAAAAAUCUUAGUGGACUAAAUUCCAUUUGCGUGAAGAUAAUAAGUAAAUAGUCUUUUAUUAUUGGAAUGUUGUUAUUUUGCUGAAACUGUGUAAUAAAAAUUGUUCGUGGAG